AUUGUGGUAAGAUGUAUUUGUCUUUUGUAGCAUGUCAGUGACAGGAGAUUUACCUCAGUGUGCUGGUGUAAUAGUGAACCGUGAGAACAAUGACAUCAAAGUGGCACAAGAGAAGAGCAGAGGUAAAUCAAAUAAAAAUAAUAACCAGCAUACCAGAUUUAUGUGUUUUGCCUGUCCAGGUUUACAUUAAUCUUGUAAUGACAUACUUUCAGUUAGGUUCAUGAAUAAUAUUUGUUUUAUAAUUUAGAUGAACAACUGAAUAAAACUGUAAGAUAAUAUUGAAUAAAACAAAAAAUACCCCAAAUCUCUCUCUCACUUUAUCAGCGGACAGCUACCUCACAGGCCCCAAGUCCCUCAUUUAUGUCAGUGGAGCAUUAUCAAUGUGGGUAAGAAAAAAAAACCAUAAUAUUCACAGACCCCCCCCUUCUUAGUUGUAUUUGUCAUUAUUCUUUACUGCAUUUGUCAUUUGCAUCUGGCAGGGUGAUCGCAUGUGGCAUUUUGCCAUCUCUGUCUUUUUGAUUGAGCUGUAUGGACAUAACUUACUGCUAACUGCUAUUUUUGGGCUGGUGGUGGCUGGUUCUGUGCUUUUCUUGGGUGCUCUACUUGGAGACUGGGUAGACCGUAACCCAAGAAACAAAGUGGCUCAUGCAUCCAUGUUCAUUCAAAACAUCUCAGUGACAGUCUGUAGCAUUGUGCUGAUAUUGGUAUUCUCAUACAAAAAGUGGAUUGAGCAAACCUGGGACGGUUAUUUGACUGUGAUUUGUUAUACGGUGGUCAUCAUCCUGGCAGAUGUGGCAAACCUCGCCAGCACAGCCCUUAACAUUGCCAUUCAGAGAGACUGGAUAGUGGUCAUAACUGGAUACAACCGUGGCCACCUAGCUGGGAUGAAUGCCACGAUGAGACGCAUUGACCAAGUGACGAACAUUUUGGCUCCACUGGUUGUGGGUCAGGUAAUGACCCUGGCCUCAAAUGUGGCGGGUUGUGGCUUCAUCCUGGGCUGGAAUCUGGUCUCUUUGAUUGUGGAGUUUGUCUUCCUCUCUAGAGUAUAUCACAUAGUACCAGAGCUUUCACUUAAACUGCCCUUAGUAGAGGAGAAGUGCUAUCUGGAGAGGAGGAAUGAAAGGAAGAUGUCAAAAGGUGAGGGAGAAGUAAAAUUUAGAUCAAACCUAGUAACCAUUGUUUUACAUUAUGCAGGUGAAAUUUCAUUGAGGCAUUUGAGGGGGAGAACCAGCCAGACACCAUGUCUGCAUCGCCUGCACAGGCUCCUUGGCACCUGCAAGGAGGGCUGGAAAACUUAUUAUAGGCAGCCUGUGUUUCUGGCAGGAGUGGGCCUGGCAUUUCUCUAUACCACGGUGCUGGGCUUUGACUGCAUCACCACAGGUUAUGCAUAUACUCAAGGCAUCAGCGGAUCCCUUCUCAGCUUUCUCAUGGGCGUCUCAGCCAUGGCUGGCCUGCUUGGUACAGUUCUGUUCACCAAUCUCCGCAAAACCUAUGGUCUGAUCAAAACCGGCAUGAUCUCCAGCUGCUUGCAUCUGUCCUGUCUGCUAUUGUGCGUGUGUUCUGUGUUUGCUCCCGGCAGCCCUAUGGACCUUAGCAUGCUAAAAGAAUCUAAUGCUUCAGACUUGGGAGAGAUGAAUGGAGAAGGACACAGCAGACAUGAGAACAUGCUUCAGUGGGGCAACAACCAGCUGUUGCCUGACCGCUCCUCAAUUCACUGGACCAACAAUACUGUGCUGUUUGAAAAUGCACCAGGAGGGCCUGCACCUGAGUCUUACAUGUCCAUCAUUCUGUUGUUCCUAGGAGUCAUCACAGCUCGAAUUGGUCUGUGGUCAUUUGACCUGACAGUAACUCAGCUGCUGCAGGAAAACAUCUGUGAGUCUGAGCGUGGCAUUGUAAAUGGAGUCCAGAGCUCCCUGAACUACAUGAUGGAUCUCCUACACUUCCUCAUGGUGAUCUCUGCACCGCAGCCACAACACUUUGGUAUUUUCGUCAUCAUCUCUGUGUUGUUCAUUACUGCAGGCCACAUCAUGUACUUCGUGUAUGCCUGGAAGGCUAAAAGAAAACAAAGCCUCAAUGCUUAAUCCUCACUUGUGUAUGAUUUAAAGAUAAAGUCUCUGAAACUGAUGUGUGUCACUCAUGCUGUGUCAAUUCACUUCGCUCUGGAUAUCUCCAUAUGCAGCUGCCUGUCUUCGCACUAUUUAGAGGUGUUCAGCCUUAGCACUUGCAGCUUUGGUGUCUCAAAAGAGGAAACAGUACCACCUCCUGGAUGCUGAUGGAAAAAUCCAGAAAAAUCCCCGAAUUCCA